AUGAUAAUGCACUCUUUGCUCUUUGUCUCCGCCCUCGCAGGCUCUGCGCUUGCCUUCCCUGGUCCCCACAGCUUUACCAACUCGACCAUUCCCUCUCACCACCCUUCGACUUAUACUCUGCUUCCCACAGGCGGAGCGGGUGGUAAGCCUACGUCCACCGAUGGCAAUGGCAAUGGCCAUCCUCAGCCUACAACAACUGUCGUCCCUGGUGGUGACUCUGGCUCCGUCUCAACCGUCACCGAGACCAUCACCAAGACGACCUUCAAGCCCUGCUCGACUCCCAUCCACACCCAGAGCGGCACUACCUACUACAGCACCUGGUUGACGACCUCGACCUACGAGACAACCACCUGCUACACCACCCACGUCCCCACAAAUAUCCCGUCUGCUACCACGGCUCCGGGAUCUUCUCCCCUAACCACAACCGUCAGCCUGCCUGGUCCAGCGGACAGCUGCCCCCCUCCAUCCACGGUCACCGUAACCGUCACCGUAAGCAGCGGCAGUAAUGCUGGAACGCACACCCAGGCACCCGGUGGAGGCAGCGGAGGCGGUACCGGACACUGCCAGCGCUGCGAGACCAUCACCUACACCAACACCUCCGGCUACACCACCACUAUCGUGAUUCCCCCAAUCUCCGAGCCCAGCGCAGCAACCACCUCGGCUGAGGAAGCAGCCACGACCAUUGCUACCACACGCACCGCGGGAACGGGGACAACCACCGAGCCUACUCACCCUGUUGGUACGGGCACUCGCCCCAGCCACACGCGGGGAUCACCAAGUGGUACCGGGAGCGGUCAGGCUCCUACCGAGACGAAGACAUGGCACUUUGAUAGGAGGAUGGUGCGGGUGUGA